AUGGAUGAAAUAGCAACAACUCCAAUGCUAGCUUUUCAAGCUUCCACCGUAAAGACAGAACAAAGCUUCAUCGAUUACAGCAGAUUCUCCAAAUGGACAAGAGUUCUCAGAACAACUGCAUACGUGAUGCGUGCCGCCACGAUUUUUAAAGAUAAAGGACUACAGUCCCGCAACGAAAGCCCGACCACCGAACUGACAAGCAACAACAUGAUUGCCGCAAAGAACUUUAUCUUCAAGAAGACGCAACGAGACAGCUUCAAACCAGAGGUCAACGCAUUGACACAAAAUAAACGAAUCAACACAACUAGCAGACUUCGACACCUAUCACCAUUUCUAGACGAAGACGGACUCUUGCGAGCACGUGGACGCCUCGAGAAAUCUCAAUUGGACUAUUGCAUAAAACACCCGAUUAUCCUUGAUGGAAACCAUCCAGCAGUUCACCUCUUUAUAGGACAAACCCACAAAGACAACCAGCAUUCGCCAUGCCAGCACUUGAAAAAUAUUCUUCAAAACAAGUAUUGGAUUCUCUGUGUUCGCGCAUACAUUGACAAGAUCAUAAAAAACUGUUACGACUGCCGACGACAACAGGCAACUGGACUACAGCCGGAACUUGCGCCCCUACCCGCCUUCAGAUUUCCAGAAGAUAAACCCUUCCCGUUUCAACGGACAGGAUUAGAUCUCUUUGGACCGUUUGCUUCGAAAACCGCAGUAACUACAACAAAUGCUACGGCGUUAUAA